GUGAGCCGGGAACUGCCCUCUACCGCCCUCGGCGAUCCUGGGGCCGACGCCGCCUGGCAGCCUCUCCUGAGCCCCCUUGCUUCCUGGCCCCAAAUCGCUAGCAGUUCCGAGAGCUGGAAGAGGGUGGCCCUCAGGCACAGCCCGCCGAGAUGUCCGCGCAGAGCCUGCUCCACAGUGUCUUCUCCUGCUCCUCGCCGGCCUCGGGCAGCGCGGCUUCUGCCAAGGGCUUCUCCAAGAGGAAGCUGCGCCAGACCCGCAGCCUGGACCCGGCUCUGAUCGGCGGCUACGGGGGCGAGGCGGGGGCAGAGGGCGGCUCGCGGGGGACCAGCGGGGGCCGCCUCUGCUCCCCGCUGUCCCUGGCCGAGGGUCUUAGCCCUCGCUCGGCGUUCUCUUCCCGGGGCCCACCUUCUCGGGCCAACCGCCUCCCGCCCCCUAGACCCCUCUGCUCAUCCUUCUCCACACCCAGCACCCCGCAGGAGAAGUCGCCGUCUGGCAGCUUCCACUUUGACUAUGAGGUCCCCCUGAGUCGCGGCGGACUCAAGAAGAGCAUGGUGUGGGACCUGCCUUCGGUCCUAGCCGGGCCGGGCAGUGGUCGGAGCGCCAUCCUCUGCUCUUCCGGGGGAGGCCCCAACGGCAUCUUCGCUUCUCCCAGGAGGUGGCUCCAGCAGAGAAAGUUCCAGUCCCCACCCGACAGCCACGGCCAACCCUAUGUCGUGUGGAAGUCCGAGGGUGAUUUCACCUGGAACAGUAUGUCGGGCCGCAGUGUGCGGCUGAGGUCAGUGCCCAUCCAGAGCCUCUCAGAGUUGGAGCGAGCCCGCCUACAGGAAGUGGCUUUUUAUCAGCUGCAGCAGGACUGUGACCUGAGCUGUCAGAUCACCAUUCCCAAAGAUGGACAAAAGAGAAAGAAAUCUUUGAGAAAGAAACUGGAUUCACUCGGGAAGGAGAAAAACAAAGACAGAGAGUUCAUCCCACAAGCGUUUGGAAUGCCCUUAUCCCAAGUUAUCGCAAAUGACCGGGCCUAUAAACUCAAGCAGGACUCGCAGAGGGACGAGCACAAGGAUGCCUCCGAUUUUGUGGCUUCCCUCCUCCCAUUUGGAAAUAAAAGACAAAACAAAGAACUCUCAAGCAGUAACUCAUCUCUCAGCUCCACCUCGGAAACACCGAAUGAGUCAACGUCUCCCAAUACCCCGGAGCCGGCUCCUCGGCCCAGGAGGAGGGGUGCAAUGUCAGUGGAUUCUAUCACCGAUCUUGAUGACAAUCAGUCUCGACUGCUGGAAGCAUUACAGCUCUCCUUGCCUGCUGAGGCUCAAAAUAAAAAAGAAAAAGCCAGAGAUAAGAAACUCAGCCUGAAUCCUAUUUACAGGCAGGUCCCGAGGCUGGUGGACAGCUGCUGUCAACAUCUUGAAAAACAUGGCCUCCAGACAGUGGGGAUAUUCCGAGUUGGAAGCUCAAAAAAGAGAGUGAGACAACUACGUGAGGAGUUUGACCGUGGGGUUGAUGUCUCCCUGGAGGAAGAGCACAGCGUCCAUGAUGUGGCUGCCUUGUUGAAGGAGUUCCUAAGGGACAUGCCAGACCCCCUGCUCACCAGGGAGCUGUACACAGCUUUCAUCAACACCCUCUUGCUGGAGCCAGAGGAACAGCUGGGCACCUUGCAGCUCCUCAUCUACCUGCUACCUCCCUGCAACUGCGACACACUCCACCGCCUGCUGCAGUUCCUGUCCAUCGUGGCCAGGCACGCCGAGGACAACGUCAGCAAGGAUGGCCAGGAGGUCACUGGGAACAAAAUGACAUCUCUAAACUUGGCCACCAUAUUUGGACCCAACCUGCUGCACAAGCAGAAGUCGUCAGACAAAGAGUUCUCAGUCCAGAGUUCGGCCCGCGCUGAAGAGAGCACAGCCAUCAUUGCUGUGGUGCAGAAAAUGAUCGAAAAUUAUGAAGCCCUGUUCAUGGUUCCCCCGGAUCUGCAGAAUGAAGUGCUGAUCAGCCUGUUAGAGACCGAUCCGGAUGUGGUGGAUUAUCUACUCAGAAGGAAGGCCUCCCAGUCUUCAAGCCCUGACAUGCUGAGGUCGGAAGUCUCCUUUUCCAUGGGAGGAAGGCACUCGUCCACAGACUCCAACAAGGCCUCCAGCGGAGACCUCUCCCCUUAUGACAACAACUCCCCUGUGCUGUCUGAGCGUUCCCUGCUGGCUAUGCAAGAAGACGUGGUGCCGGGGGGCUCAGAGAAGCUUUACAAAGGGCCGGAGCCGUGUGCACGCCGGGUGGGCCACUUGCCCUCCUCGAAGUCGAGGGAGAGUUCUCCUGGACCAAGGCUUGGCAAAGAUAUGGCAGAGGAGGCUUUCAAUAUCUGGGGAACUUGGCAUUCAACGUUAAAAAGUGGAUCCAAAGACCCAGGAAUGACAGGUUCCUACAGCAACAUUUUUGAAAGCAGCUCCCUCCGCCCGGGGCCGUGCUCCCUGUCUCAAGGGAACCUGUCCCCAAAUUGGCCCCGCUGGCAGGGGAGCCCCACAGAACUGGACAGAAGUGCGCAGGCUAUUCGGAGGACUCAGACCACGAGCCCGGCGGCUGAGGCGAGGGCGCACGCCCCGGUGGCCCGCGUCUGCAGCACGCCCCACAUCCAGGGCGGCGGGCAGCCCAUACCAAGGCCGAGGCCGGAGCCGUGCUGGACUCUGAGCAGCGCCGAGGACCUCGCCGAGAGCGAGCCGGAGGGGGCCUGGCUGCAGAGGAGAGCCAAGCCUCUGCCCCAGAGACCUGCAGAGGGUGCCAGGCACGACAAGCGGCCUCCUCCUCCUUAUCCUGGUCCAGGAAAGUCAACCGUAGCAUCCCCGGCCCACCAAGCCGCCGAGCCACCGCUGUGGAGGCCGCGGAGGCUGGAAGAAGGCUCCGGAACAGCUUCGCAAGAGGGAAGCCAAACAGUCGAGCCGCAGCGAGGGCACCAGGCCGCCCAGCAGAAAGCGAGCAGCGCCUACCCCAGUCCCGCCGGCGAUCAGAACAGUAAGACCUUGGGGGAACCCAACUGGCUCGACUGGCAGAGGGAGCGAUGGCAGAUCUGGGAGCUCCUGUCCACCGACAACCCCGAUGCCCUCCCGGAAACGCUGGUCUGAGCCCCCCACGCUCACCCCUCACCUCCCAAACAGCCUUCUUCCACUCAGUAGGGGAAAAAGUGGAUGUUGGACAAUUGGGCACUUAUUUUUCUUCUUUUACACUUAAAAAAAAAAUAACACGAGAAGUCAGUACACUUAAAGAUAGAGCACCCUAGGACCCUGACCCUUUAUAAUAAGAUUCUAUUGCAUAGCCAGCCUUCAGAAAAAAACAAAAAUGUAUGCUAACGUCCGAUCUAAAAGCUAUUCACAUUGGCUCUGUAUAAGAUAAAAUUCUCGCUUUGGUAUAGCUUAAUUGUAUUUAUGUGUCUUCAGUUUUGACUCUUGUAUAUUCUGUAACAGAUUAUGUAUGAUAAUCCUAUAUGUUAUAUUCACAGAAAACAGAAGGAACACAUUUUUUAGUCACUUAUUCUAAGUAAUGAGAUUCUAUAGAAUGUUCUAGAAUAUGCACAAGCGGGUUUCUGUGCUUUUGCCAUAGCUUUUAACUGGGGACAGCCCUUCUUUCAAUGCCUAAGAAUAACACUAACAAAGCAAAAUAGAACAGAAUAUGAGAAGCCAUAUUUUUAUAUAGUAGUGAGAUACAAAAAGAAUAUAGUCACUGAAUGCCUUUUCAUAUUGAAUAUGUUUUAAGGAAAAUAUUAAAUUUGAUACAUUAUGGAAUAUAUUUUUAGAAUCUGUUUAGAAAGAAUUCAGUUAAUGAAACAAGAGAAAGGCCGUGCCUGACAAAGAAAGAAUAAUUAAGAACUUCUCCGUCCCAUUUUAGGUCAAAUUCAACUUUAUAUACCAAUAUAUAAUAUAUAUUUAUAAUGUACGAUUUCUAUGUAUUUUUCAAAACUAUAAACUGGAAUCCAACUAUAAAGUGUUUGAGUGAAAAGAGAGUACUCAAAUUACAGAACAUGGUUUUUCCUUUUGCCCCAUCAUCAGUAUUAACCAAAUUAUAUUCAGUGCUUUGUGAAGUAAAUCAUAUUUGGAAAAAAACGGAGCUCUGUAUUUACACUGUGCCAAAGGCUGAGGAAAUGUUUUUGGUAAUUUUCUGUGCAAUGUAAAAUGUUCCUACCAUACUUCAGUAAAAAUUUGAAGUUUUUCAACUGCAAAGCAAUUUUUGACCAGCAGGUGGCAAUUUGCUUCAGUAUUUUAUGAGAUUUUUUUUUCACUUCAUAAGGGAAUGUGUAUCAUAGAAAAAGAUUUUUUUUUUAUAAAACAUGCUACUCUUAAUUUUCAUAUUGGCGAUGACAUUUUCAGUGGUGUUUCUUCAAGUUCUUGUGCCAUAAUGAAUAAAAAGUUAAAGCAAAGGCUUUGUUCACUGGCAUUGAAUCUCAUGAAUGAACCCACACACCAUUCCACAUACACACUUCCCUAUCUGCAAGUCCAAGUGUAAUGAACAGUGGCAGUACUAUCCACAUACAGCUAAAGAGCUAAUAAGAAGUUGUAGGUGGCUUGGAGACAUAACCCAGUGAAAUUGAUAUUUGUUGCAAGUGAAGGUUGAUUGUCAUUCACUUGAAACUCAGUUGUUGAUGAGGAAGUAGAUGGGAACUCGGGUGGUUUCCCAUGUGCUGGACAAGUGUUUCCCAACACAAUCCUUGUAUGUCAUAUCUACACUACAGGCCUUGGAUGCUCCUUCUGUUUCAGGGUUGAAAUGAUGAAGUCUAGAAAUGCUGUCUGACAUUUCUUAACCGGGAGGGAGGGCAGUGAUGGGGGUCUUUGGGCUCUGCCCGUGGGUCCAGCACUUCUGCCAUUGGUGGGAAUGUGGGAAGGAUUUGCCUGCUGGCCUCUGGCUCUUUCUGGCUGCCCCCACAUAGCCCAGAGUUGCAAACAAGACCCAGAGCAAAUGGUGCCUGAUUGUAGCUCACAGGUUGCUUUCCCCAUGCCACCUCCCCUCAUUCUCCUCCUGUUGACUCUGUGUUUUCUUGGCUUUGGAUUUAACCCCUGUCUGGCUAGUUCUCUCUCUCCUUUCUGGAUUCAACUGCCUGAUAUAUGGGGCUGCCCCCACCCCCUGCCACCACCAGGUUUUUGCCCUAACAGUCCUAUUUUUUUUUUUCAACUGCCAGAUCAGAUGGCCCUGAGGUAGAUGUCUGUGUCUUAAAAGGUAAAGUAUGUCUAUCUAUUAAUGGUCAGAUCUAGAAUAGUCCAGAAAACAUGGCUCAGAAUAUUUUUAUAUAAUGCAAUUGUGUUUGUGUGUGUGUGCGUGUGUCUGUGUGCUGUGCCUGUGUAUGCCCACGUAUGUCCAUGUAAUGAACGAUAUUCACUCUCCCUUUCUCUUUAGAUGGUUUAGGCCAGUGGCCAUAUCGUUAACUCAGUGAGUGAAGGCUUCUUUCUCAGAUGCCUUUAUCACAUUGAAAAUAAGCUGUUUUAAAACACGCACGCACAAGACACAAAGACCUGAGUCAAAGUUGGAGUCACUUCUAACACCUUGUAAGUGAUAGAAUACCUGACAAGAAAGAAAUAAUAAACUCUUUCAAGUUGGACAAAACCAUUUAAAAGGCUGUCGAAGUCAUUCAUUCCUAGGAGCAAAGAGAUUCUAAAGUCAAGAAGAAAGCUACCUGCUGACACAAGUCUUGCGUCUUUAAGUACUGAGUCACCAUCUUUAUGUGUCUGGCAGGAGGCACAGUGAUAGGACCCAAAUGGCCAAACAGGAAUUUGUCUUGAUCUAAGUGGCUAUUAACAUAUGUGUGUUGUGGGUUUUCAUAGAAAAAAAUAAUCUCUUUUACCAAUGGAGUUUGUGCAAAUUGAAGAAAUUUCUAAAUAAGCCCAGCUUGCUUCUUUUUCUUAUGCACAUUUUAAUACACAUCUGCUUGGCAGACAAACAGCACUGGGAUCAAAUCAGGUCCCCGUCCAGGCCUAUGCGUACAUUGCUCUGAUAAGCAAACUGCAGGAGGCACCAGAACUGAGAAGAAAAGAAAUGACUAAGAGGCACACUGAGAUGAAAACAAGUCAACAUCUUGACCCGACAGAAUUUUAAAACAAGACUAAAUCAGCAGCAAAUGUUCUUGAGGAAAAAAAAAAAAAUCCAAAGCAAAGGAAAAUUCCAAUAAAGCUUGGAAUUCUUCGGCACAGGAUGGCUUCGUGAAGGCGUGGAGCUCCAGACACCAGUCUCUGGAAGUGUGGACCCCUGGCCUGGUGUGGCCUGCAGUCCCCCAUGGUGCACACAGCAGCAGCCCCAACUGCAGGCCCCCCGAGGUCACAGAAAGGUCAGAAGAUUCUCUCAAUUCAGUUUGACCAACAUCUGUUUGCCAGUGUUCUUUACACAGCAUGAUGAGCUAACAUUUAUUAAGGACACCCGCUCCGGUCUAAGUGUUUCACUCCCAUUAACUCUUUCACCCCCUCACAAGCAGUAGACGGGAAUCACAACUAUCCUCAUUUUCCAGGGAGCAUGAAAGACCUCGAGGGACAUCAAAUGAGUUGCCCAAGGUUGCACAGCUGGAAGGUGACAGAACCAGGAUUUGGUGGUGGGCCAUCCACGUGUGGGGCUUCCCAGGUGGUGCUAGUGGGUAAAGAAUCCACUUGCAAUGCAGGAGAUGCAGGUUCGAUUCCUCGGUCGAUUCCUCCUGGGGGGAGGGCAUGGCAACCCACUCCAGUAUUCUUGCCUAGAGAAUCCCAUGGACAGAGGAGCCUGGUGGGCUGUCACAAAGAUUUGAACAUGACUGAAGCAACUGAGCGUGCAUGCAUCCAAGUGUGCAGACCUGCUGUUUGAACUGAACCUUCGGGAGCAAAGCUGUUUCUUGUUUCUCUACAAACAAGAUGCCCACAUUUGCUUAGGGUGUGUGUGUGUGUGUGUGUGUGUGAGCCUGUUAAGUCACUUCAGUCGUGUCCGACUCUGUGCGACCCUAUGGACUGUAGCCUACCAGUCUCCUAUGUCCAUGGGGUUCUCCAGGCAAGAAUACUGGAGUAGGUUCGAAGGGAAAAAACUUUUCCAUACCCUCUUAAUCACCUGGCAAAAAGGAUUUAUUUCACAUGCAUACAGGAACCAACAAAGGAAGUAUCUGGCUCCUUAAAUGGUUAAAGGUUUAAAGACCUAACCUAGUAGGGAAAAGGCAGUGGAGAGAAACAAUUUCUAAGGGAAAAGCAAAUAGGUUUGUUUGAAAAAACAAACGAGUUUUCAGGAAACCAGACAGGAGAUAAGAAAGUUUGUGAUAAGGAUGGUCUAUACAGGUAUGAGCAGUCUUUCUGUCUCCCUCGGAACCAUAAAACUCCCCCAGAGAGGGGAUUUAUAGUAGCUUCAUUUCCCACAAGUUGCUUUUAGUCAGAUAAGGGAAGCUCUAAAAGGCUUUUUUCUGCAUCUGUUGAAUGUCAAAUGUCUUCAGCUUAAAGCCGUCUUGAUGCCAAGUCUGGGGUUCUGAGUGGGUCUUCUCUAGCAGGGGAAAAUGACUUAGAGAAUGAAUCAGAAACAUGUUGAAUCAUGCAGGAAAGGAUCAUGGCAAGUCAGUGUUCAGAGUCCUCCUAAAUUCAGAUCACUUUACUUGGUCAAAGACUCAGGAGCUGGGUCCGGAAUCUGCUUGGGAAAGUCUGCCAUGAGGGGAGGCUGUGGGCAGGUGAGUCGCCUGCUUCGUUUUCCUUCCUGGCACUUUGCAGAAGGUGAGCUGGUUGCCUUGCCCUUUCCCUGGCCUCCCACCAAGAGACUUCCAUCAGCCGCUGAGUCCAUCUGGAUGGGCAGAUGUCACGGUGGCCCUGAGCACAGCCGAGCUUGGCUGAAGGGCAAAGACUUGCUAGGGACCAGGGCAGUGCUGGUUGGCCAUGUCACUGCUGAGCAAAGUGUGCAAAGAAGCAGUUCCGCAGUGACAGCUCUCAGAUGCCAGAGGGACAGGCUGCCUGGCCCCGAUGAGAAAUUUCACAGCCAUUCUGCAAACAAGCAUGUUAUGGGUUGAGUUGUGUCCACUAUGGAAAAGAUGUUGAAGUCCUAGCCCUCAGUACCUGCCAGCGUGGCCUUAUUUGGUAAGAGGGUCUGUACAGAUGAUCAAGUUAAGAUGAAGUCAUUAGGGUGGGCCCUAAUCUUGUAUGACUUGUUCUAAUAAAAAGGGGGAAUUUGGACGUGGACACAGACACAUACCCAGAAAGAACAACUUGUGAAGACUGAAGUUCUGGAACCAGCCAAGAACUGCCAGAACUUUGGGAGAGAGGCCUGAAAUAGACCUUCUAGCACCUUCUGGCACACCUCUGUCAACAUUUUGAUCUUACUUGUUGCUUCCAGAACCAUUUCUAUUGUUAAAACCACUUCGAUUGUGGCAGUUCAUUAUGCCCUUGCAAUUGAAUAUGAUGAACAGAGCUCAAGGAGCAGAGACCACCCAGAACACCUCUGCAGCUCGAGGGAGUGGCCACCAGGAGAGGGUUUGCCUUUUGAGACCACGACUCACAAAGAAAGAGCACCCACUAACAGAGGGGUUUUCUGUUCCAGCUGAGAGGUCAUUCAUUGCCUUCACCCCAUUGUCAUCGUCCUAUGCCCCCGCCCCCCCGCAUCGCCUACUGAAGUGAUGUGAGAGGGUGAACUUUCCAAGGAAAGGUUUGCAUUAUGAAGACAAGACAAAGGUGGGAUUGUGCAAUAUUCAGAGCCUAGGGGCGCGGGAGGACUCCAAGGAACCCUUGGGAAUAAGCCACAAAGGACAAGUGGCAUUUACAUGUAACCUUCGCUUUCCCAUUUCCUACUUGGGACUUUGACCCAUGGCUGUGUAAAUACGCGGCAAUUGUAAAUACAUGGCAAUUGUAAAUAAAUCGUGAAGAUGGGGUGCGUGGAAGUGAAGAGGGUUUGAAGGCUGCCGAGUCCAGUGAAGCUCAGACCCCGGUCAGCACCAUUAGCAUCUCUUGGGCACACUCUCCUCUUAGGAAUGCCAAUUCUCAUGAGACUGACUGAAUCAGGCCCCCUGGAGGUGGGGCCCAGCAAUCUGCAUUUUAACAAGCCCUCCAGGGGAUUUGAUCUCCACAAAAUUUUGAGGAGCAUCUAGCUGGGGAGACCACAGACGGGGGGGAAGCGGAGAGGGGGAAAGGCAGCAAGAUCCAAAAUGCUGCUCUAAUACAAUACUUUGCCUGAACAGUAUGGAAUCAUAUUUUUUUUAAAGUCAGGUGAAACAGGUGAUCAUAAAAUGAUUUUUGUCUUAUGUUUUAACAGCGCAUAAACAGACACCAUUUACUAAGUUUCCACUGUGGAGCCAAGGCCAUUUCUUUCUCUGGGUGUGGGGAGGCCCACUUUCACAUUCUUAGUCCAUCCACAGCCACUAACAUCCCACUUCCAGUUUCUUUGCAGCAAAUUGAAGAAACCACCAUGAAACAAUGAACCGAGAGUUAUCCUUGAUUUUUACCAUAUUUCCCCAACCCUUUCUGAUUUCAUGACCGUAUUUGUACUGAUUCUGCUUUCAGCUCUUCUCAAUCAUUCCUUAGUAUAUAUGGAUUUGGUUUAUGCAUUUAUAUCACAACUUCUUUUGUUUGGCUUAAUUAAGUUAUUGACUCUUGGUAGACUGACUACUCAGUUAAUAGAGGGAUCAGCCAGCACAUUUUUCCCCCUGUUUUUCAAGUAGAUUUAUUGAGCUAUAAUUAGAAACUAGCCACUUCACACAUUUAAAGUGUACACUUCAGUGGUUUCCAGUAGAGUAACAGCGUUGGACAACCAUCAGUUUUAGAACAUUUUCGUCACCCCUGAAAGAAAACCCUAUACCCAUUAGCACUCACUCCCAAUUCCUCUCUCACCCAACUAUGGCAACCACUAAUCUACUUUCUGCCUCUAUAUAUUGACCUAUGCUGGACAUUUCUAUAAAUAGAAUCAUACAGUCUCCAGCCCUUUGUAUCACUUAGCAUGUUAUUUUCAAGAUUCAUCCAUCUUGUAGCAGGAAUCAGUACUUCAUUCUUUUUAUGGCUGAAUAGAUUCCAUUGUAUGGAUAGAUGACAAUUUUUUUUUUUUAUCCAGUCAUUAGUUGAUGGACUUUUGGUUUGUUUUUAAGCCCAUUUUAUAGAGGAAAAAGAAAGCACUGGUUAACCACGAAUGGUGUGAAAUUUUAAGAGUGCAUCCACUGAUGUACUUUAUGUAAAAACUAGUCUGAAGUAGGUUUUCAAAGCAUUUAUUUUUCCUUAGCUUAAAACAUGGCAUCACCCAGUCCAUCAAAUGUGAGAGAAAUAGGCCACAUAAAACCUAGAAUUAUGGUCAGAAAGGAACCUUUAGGAGGAUCUAUGGGAAGACCCAAAAGUCCAUCAACUAAUGACCUGAUUUAAAAAAAAAUGUCCUCCAUCCAUACAAUGGAAUCUUAUUCAGCCAUAAAAAGAAUGAAGUGAGUUAGCCUUAUAGACCUAAAGGGCUUGUUCAAAUCCCCUAGCCGAUGCAGAGAGUCAAUACAGGAAUGAAGAUUCCCCAAGCCUGUCUUCUUCUGUUACACUAGCCACUACCUCCAGAUUUGAAACGCCAACCUACAAGAGUGAAGGAAAAAUAUUGAAAUGACAACUAAGACUGGGAUUUUAUCAUUGUUUAGUGAUAUAAUUCUCUAGUGGGCACUGCAGUUUUCUGCAGAUGAUUCCUCUGGUUAAUCUAAGCACCAGGCACUCUCCUGGGAAUGCAAAAUGGGAGGGGGUGUGAGGACACAGGCCUAAUGCCAAAUUGACCCAAACUGAUUAAAGAGAAACCUUAUUUUCCAUGUGUUGUGGGAGACUUCCCCCUUCCACUCCACCUCUUAUCUACUAGCAAUAAGCAAGGAUCGUAAAGCUCGGACAGCAUCUGUUAAUAGAAGCCAUCUGAUGGUGAUGAAACUUAGCCCACUAAAUGUUGGUCAGUCAGUCACGUCCUACCCAAUGCGACCCCGUGGUCUGUGGCCCACCAGGCUCCUCUGUCCAUGGAAUUCUCCAGGCAAGAAUACUGGAGUAGGUUGCCAUGUCCUCCUCCAGGGGAUCUUCCCGGUACUUUUCAAUACCUGCUAUGAUUUCAGAAAAAAACAUUAGAAUACUUUCCACGUGAUGCAUUGCUUUUGAAUUGAUUUUGCAUACUUUUACUUGCAGUAAACAUAACUUUGUAAUGUUUUUAAUCUGGAGACAUAUUAAGUUGGACUUCCCAGGUGACUGAGUGGUAAAGAACCUGCCUGCUAAUGCAGGAGACACAAGAGAUGUCAGUUUGGUCCCUGGGUUGGGAAGAUCCUCUGGAGGAGGAAAUGGCAACCCAGGCCAGUAUUCCUGCCUGGAAAAAAUUCAUAAACAGAGGAGCCUAAUGGGGGUCCAUGGGGUCGCAAAGAUUCAAAUCAGACAGGACUGAGCAGGCAUGCACAUUUGAAGUUUCCACGGAGGGGACACCUUUGUGACCCUGAGGACACAAUGAGCUACAUCUCAGGUUAGGAAGCACAACGGCCUAAUUACAAUCUUCAGUUUUGUCAAGCGGAUCUGGCAUAGUACUAAACCAAAUGUCACCCUGUCGUGUUUAUGGUUUUUAAAAGGUCAAAGUCUGCUACCUAUCUUUUCCCCUUUAGCGAUUUUAAAGAACACGGGCUCCUUUAGAGCAAGCUAAUUCUUACUAGUAACCAAAAUCAAAAGGAGACCCUUCUGCUCCUUCUCUAGACAGACUCGUCUUGGGAGAAGCAAGGCAAGGGGUGGGUACUGUUUCUCGGUUCUUCUUUUGAUUCCUAGCCACGCCUUUUCCUCGUGAAUGACUAGCACAGCUGAUGUUCAUUAAGCCUUUCCAGGCUGUGGGCUCCGAGUGGGUUCAGGUGAUUUGGGAAGUGAUUAGGUCAAGAGGGUGGAGCCUCAGGAAUGGGAUUAUCGGCCUGUAAUAGACACCCACGCUCUCCCCUUUCAAGAGAACAAGCCCAAAGACGCCAUCUCUGAACCAGGGAGUGGGUCCUUCUUACAGACACGGAAUCUUCCAGUGCCUUACUCUGGCACUUUCUGGCCUCCAGAACGGGCAGUAGCACUGAGCACUGGGCCCUCUGAGGUGAGAAAGGAUCAGGCGGCACUCGUGUCACUUGAGGAUCCCCUCCAAGGGCUCGCCCAUCCAGAUACAUUUAACUCAGAGUGCCAUCCAGGAUGCCACAUGACAGUAGAUCAUCCUGUCCCCUGGAGCUUCCCUUGGCUGUGACGGUUGGUCGGGCUCUCCUUGCUUUUCAAGACCUUGACAGUUGGGAGGAGAACUGGUCAGGGUGAACUGGAUCAUCGUACAUGAUUUCAGUUACCACGUGUACCUAGGCUCUCAGUUCUCCAAGCCACCUGAUAACUCACCUUUGGGUGCCACUCGAGAUGCCUAUUUACAUCUGGAGAAUCUGCUCCUUGAAGAAAUCUUGAGGAACAUUAUUCCAAGGAUUUCCUUGAAGCAUUCUCUUCUCUUUCCUCCUGACUGAUGAUUCCAGCUCUGCUCCUUCUGGAAAUGUCUGACAUUCGUCUUCCUUUUAUAUAUGCAUUUUAAUUAGAGGGUAAUUAUUGUUUUACAAUAUUGUGAUGGUUUUUGUCAUACAUCAACAUGAAUCAGCCACAGGUAUACAUGUGUCUUCCUUUCCAACUUGAAUUGUUCUACCUGGUUCACAUCAUUCUUUUGUAUUUGGUGCUUUCCCUCCAACAGUUCCAGCAGAUGCUGCUCGUCUCUCCUUUCCACUUCUUUGAGUUUGAUGUUGCCCCUAUUGUCUAUUACUUUUGUUGGCUCUUUAUUAACUCUGGAAUGGAGAGGAAGAGAGAAACAGGUAAUCCAGAUACCUAAACAUGAUAUUGCCUGUGACUUCAUAGCACUCCUUUUGCAAUGAAACUUGAAUGUGAGCUUUUGGGCCUUCCAAACAUGCAAACUUUACACACCAGAGUAUUUAAUCACUGAACUGAGGCAUUGGGCACUUGGUCCAGGUUAUGUCUCCUGAAAUCUUCCCCCAAACCUAAUUUUCUGAAGAUGAGCUGCUUUGCAUUCUCUGUUGCUUCUUGUAGCCCAAACUGUUCCAGUUGAAGAUACGUGUUUUCACAGUUCAAUUUGCCUUCCCAAUUCAAGAGAGAUUAUCAUUAGAAGUGUCAGCUUAGCAUAUCUGCCACUCUGUGCUUUCUCCUUCCAGGGAGGUCAGAGCUCAGAAAGUCCUGCCAAAAUAUUGUUCAGCACACAGAAUGUGGUCUCUGGCAAUAGCCUAUUUUCAUGAUUUUGCCUAACUGUGUUUUCAGAAGGAAAUAAUACACCAAUACAUAAAUAUGAAGAUUUAAAAUAUAUAAUACUUAAAUUUAUAAAUUUGUAUGUAUUUUUUAAAAAGAACAUCCACGUCCCAUUAGAGUGAAAGAAGAAUUUGUGAUAAAAAUCAUGGAAAACAAAGAGUUAAGGAAACCGUUGGAGUAAAUGUCCAAACAACAAAAAGCAUUACCCUAAAUACACAAUUUUUCAAAUUCUUUGUAAGUAUUUAUAGAAGUUGUAUAAUGUGACAUGCAUUGUCUUGGAUAUUUUGGUAUCUAAGAAAUAAAUAUGAGAGAUUAUCUUUGCUCACCAAA